GCCCCGUUAUCUGGGGCCAGACUACACACGACCGGACGCCGACGUCGAGCCGCAGCUGUGCUAGAACCCGGUAGGUCUUCCAAGCUUCCAGCCAUGAAAAUUCCGGGCACCAUUAUUGGGCUUGCGGCAUUCGUCGUCUGCGCGUUCGUACUCCGGCAAGGUUCUGCGGCGUCUGCCAAGUGCGCCUUUCCGAGGACAACCUCGUGCUUCAAGAGUCACCUAAAUGACCUGACCGGCAACUUGACCGACCUCACCAGGAAGCAGGGCGCCGCGCUGGACGCUGCCUUGACCAACUACACAAGACGGUUUUCCGCAGCUUUCCAGUGUUUCGCGGAGCCGGAAAAACGCUGUGCCAGCUCCCAGGAAACGCAAUACAUCGGCCGUGUGCAGUCCACCUCCGAUCUUCUCGUCAGGGAACUCACCAACAAGACCGCCUUGACGGCCAUCGUGACGGCGUACAAGUGCCACGAUGUGGAGCGCUUCACACCGUGCAUGUCCAAGGCGAUCCGCGAUUUCCUCUCCGAACCUCUCAAGACAUCGAAGGCUGACGCCAAGAAACUGUGCAGCAACGUGGACGAUGCCUCGAAGACCUGCCUGGUGGCCAGGAACUGCACUCCUGCGGCAGAGCCCGGCAAGAAGGCGGUCCGCAAGCUGUUCACGUCCUUCCGAACCAUCUGGGGCUGCAAGGGCGGCAGCGGUGCUCCGGCCGCCACCGCCAUCCUGCCGACGGUGUCCGUGAUGCUCGCCCUGAUUGCGCGGAAGAUGCUCUGA